AUGACAGGCUACCAACUCUUGAACAACAUCGCAGACUUGUAUCCAAUAGAAAGUCCGUGGAAAUUAAAGUCUCCAGCACUGUUGAAACAACUAGCCCUUGGAAAUGAAAGAUCCGGUCUGGUCCCCGCCAACGUCCUCUGCUCACGUUGCUCCCGCGUCACCAGCACGUCCAAAUUGAUCCGCCUGAUGCUCAGCGGCGACAAAGAACAGAUCCGAAAAGAAGCACAAGAGAAUUACACCGCCGAGGCCUUCUUUCACAGCUACAGUGUUUGCGAUGUUCUUUCCUCCGCUGCGUCGGGUUGCCAUAUCUGCUCCAUUAUCUCGAGCUCACAGGAAAUUGACCCUGAUGAUCUGGACCGGGAGGAUCCGGACCAGGGGGUCGUCCAAGCCCGUAUAAAGUUUGAAGCAUAUGAAGAGGAAAACGAUGAACACCGCCUGUAUCUAUUUAUCGAGGAUGUUGGUUGGUUGCCAAUACCAGCGGGCGCUGCCGAGGAUUAUGAGCUUCUUGAUAGCUUGUUGCAAGAACAGUUGGACAGACGUCAUGAUCGCUGGGCUAGUCAGAUCGAUUAUCUCAAGAUCUUACCCAUCAAAGGUUUGUGA